AUGUCUUCUCAAGACGCCAUCCCCGAGACUCCCCGAGUCAUCUCUCCUUCCCCAACUCCUUCGGAAACCCGGUCUAGUUCGCAAGAUGGAUAUUUGGCACCUACAACGCGCUCUGAAUCACGGCGACGGCGCCUAGGGGAGGUGCCGGAGGAGAGUAUAGGUGACUCGGAUUCGGAGUCGAAGCGUUCGCGGACCCCAACUCGUGCUCCUGCGCCGGGGUCGGCUCGACAACGGAAGAGAAGGUCGAAUCCAAUGAUACGGGUCGACCGCCCCGACCACAGAACGAAUGGCCAUGCCGCAUCGAACGGCUACUUGUCUCCGCUGACGAAGGUCGACGGCAUCUCCCGGUCCCCCUCUCCUCUAGGUCUGAUCCCACUCCAUGCGCGGUACCGCAACUUCAUCCAUCGUCAUGAAAUCCCACGCAAGAUUCUCCACGUGUCCAUUGGCUUUUUGACCCUUCACCUGUACAGCCGCGGAAUACAAACGCUACAGAUCACCCCGUGGCUCUUCUCAGCGCUGGUGCCCGUCGCCGUGACGGAUGUAAUUCGCCAUCGUUCGGAAACAGUAAACAAAUUCUACAUCCGCUGUGUCGGUGCGCUCAUGCGCGAAACGGAGGUUUCGGGCUACAACGGUGUGAUCUGGUACCUGUUGGGCGCGUACACCGUCCUGCGCUUUUUCCCCAAGGACGUCGCCGUCAUGGGGGUCCUCCUACUCAGUUGGUGCGACACCGCCGCUUCUACAUUCGGCCGCCUCUAUGGCCGCUACACCUUUUCUCUGCGCAAGGGGAAGAGCUUCGCCGGCACCCUGAGCGCCUUUUUUGUCGGCGCCAUCACCGCUGCCGCGUUCUGGGGUUAUUUCGUUCCCUACGUCGGCACCUUCCCCAACGACCCGGAAGGAUCGUUCAUGUUCACGGGGCGAAUUAUCCUUAUCCCGGACUCGAUCAAGGGCCUCGUCGGCUGGACAGCCAACACCUCGCGGGCUGUCAUCACGGGCCCAUUAGCCCUGGGCGUCAUGAGCGUCGUGUCUGGUCUGGUGGCGGCGGGAAGCGAGUUCGUGGACCUCUUCGGGUGGGAUGAUAAUUUCACCAUCCCCAUCCUGAGCGGGAUCGGUUUGUGGAGUUUCCUGAAGGUUUUCGGCUGA